AAAAAGCGACGGUCGAUCAGAGGGGUUGUAAUAAUUUAUAAGAUUUACAGUCCGUGGACGAUCACCAGACUCCCUUUGAAAACAAAGAGAGGAGUAAUCGUCACCUGCAGACAUCUUUAUUAAUGAUUGGAUUGUAGCGCACCAGGACUGCAGCAGCAGCAACAGCAGAGAUGAGGAUCCGGCUGCAGGGUCCCAGCCAUGCUGCCAGCCUUCUCGCUGAACUCAACAGCUGCCGCCAGUCACGUCGAUACUGCGAUGUGUUCCUGCAGGUUGGCAACCGCACAUUCGCAGCACACCGUGCGGUGCUGGCCUGUGCUGGGUCGUACUUCCGUAACCUGUUCGCCCGGGCUCCAUCCUCGUCCAGCGCUGCCUUCUCUCUGGAGUUCAUCUCCCCGGCCAACUUUGAGAAGGUGCUGACAUUUGUGUACACGGGGGAAAUCUUGACUGACCUCAUAGAUGUCGGGGUGCUGUAUGAGCUGGCAGAGAGGCUGGGCGUUAGUGAACUGGUGAGGGCCUGUCACGCCACCUUCCCAGACCUGCAGACUUCAGUGUCUGCAAACUGUAAAGCAGGCAGUCCUGGAGACCUCGCCCUGGACUCUAGCAUGGUUGCUGCUGCUGCUGCUGUGUCCACAGUGGCUGCCGUUAGUGCAGCUUCUGUAUCUGCAUCAUCUGUGUGUUCCUCUGCUGCCUCCUGCUCCUCUCUGUCUUCACCAGCUGGUCCGUCUGCUGCCCCGACCCCUGCUGCCGCUCCCUCGCCUCUCUUCCAAGCCAGGGCAGCCAGGAUCAGCCGGGACACUCACAGUGUGGCUCUGUCUCUGGACCUGAAGGCAGAGGACAUGCAGUCUCAUAUCGGCUAUGGGCAGAUGGCAGCAGAUCAUCAACUACAAGGAGGACACAGUCUUCUAGCCAACAGUCAUUCCAGUCAGAGUGAUGGCGUGCUGCCUCCGGGGCCUGUGCUGCAGCUGAAGACAGAGCAGGGGCUGGAAGACGAGGCCAAAGGCAGGUGUGAGGACAGAGACACAGAUGGACAAAUGGUUUCUGAGAGCGCAGGAAGCUCUCUGCCGCAGAGCAGCAACGCUGCACAGUCUGUCUCCUGCUCCUUCCCUGACUCCUCGGCUCAACUCGGAGCUGAGGCGUGUGACCCGACGUCGUCCUCAGGAGAGCCUCUGGCCAGCCUGCAGGUGGGAUCAGUGGAGGGCAGCGUGGUGGACGUCCAGAGGGACGGCAGGCUGAUGUUUGCAGAGGUGGAAGCGGGAGUGAGUGAGGAGGAGAGGGAGGCUCUGAAAGGGAAUGGAGCAAUAGAGGGUACAGAGGAGGAGCAGUGGAGACAGCUGGCAGGUGAGAUCAUCGAGCUGAGCGACGAUGAGAACUUUAUGGAGGAAGGAGAUGAGGAGGAAGAUGAAGAUGACCUUGUGUACGUGGAGAAUGGAGAGGGAGGGAACUCAAGCAGCCAGGUGACGGGGAACACACUGUCAUGUAAAGCCUGCGCGGUGCCUCUGCCAGCAGACCCUGCCGCCAUCAGAAGACACGCUGAGACUCACCUGACGGAGCUGGGGCUCUGCAGACUGUGUGGAGCCUCGUUCCCAGACCGCACCACCGGUGUCACCCACUCCCUCUCCCACGUUGGGCUGCAGCUCUUCACCUGCGACAUGUGUCAGUUGCAGUUUUGCAGCCAAAACAAACUGCUGCGUCACCACCACCAGACAGCCUCCAGUUACACGAUACCACAGGGGGCGCUGACCAGCAGCAGCCAGGGGCCGAGCUCCGAGCUGCAGUGUGCAGUGUGCAACAAAACUCUCAGCAAGGACUUCCAGACGGUCAAAGACCACCUGCUGGGCCACGUGUGUCCCCAGAGCCUCAGCUGUGGUGUGUGUCACCUCCCCCAGCUGUCCCUGUGCUCCCUGCUGUGGCACGCCCUCGCCCACCUCUCUCUGCCCGUCUUCACCUGUCCGCACUGCGCCCGCUGCUUCGUAGAGCGCUCCCUGCUGGAUAGACAUAUGACUGUACAUGCCGAGGAGGCGGCAGCUAAGGAGCGGGAGCGGUCGGCGCUGAGGGCCUACAGAGUCGGGCCGGAUGGAGUCGGGGGAGGUGGUAUGGCGGGAGUGGAGGAGUUGCAUUGCUUCCUGUGCCCACAGACUUUCCGCUCCUCCUCUGCCUUUCAGUACCACCUCAGCCUGCACACCAACGAGUCCCUGGGGGCCGGGGGAGGUGUCGGGAGUCCGAGCUGGUUGGGCAAACGUAAAGCUGACCAGUCUCUGGAGUGCCCACCGUCUUCCUCCUCUCCACGGGAAGUCGGUGGCCUUGUCAAAAUGAGCAGUCUAGGUUUGGGGCUGGGAAUGAGCUUCAGCAUACCAGAUAAGUUUUUCCAAGGGUCAAUGCACAACCUGCCCUCUGGGAUGUUGACCAAUGGGAGUUCAGUUCAGGACGGAGGAGUUGGGGCAGCAGGUGUCCGUGGGAAAUGGUACCGGUGCCGCUACUGCGGCAAACGCUUCGCACACUCAGGUGAGUUCACCUACCACCUGCGCAUCCACACCGGGGAGAAACCCUACCAGUGCAAAGUCUGUCUGCGCUUCUUCAGAGGCCGCUCCACCAUGAUCUGCCACCUGAAGACGCAUGCCGGCGCCCUCAUGUACCGCUGCACCGUCUGCGGCCUUUACUUCUCCACGCUGAAGCUGGUGUCAUCGCACAUGGAGCUCCACAAGGACCACCUGCCCCCGGACUUCAACAUCGAGCAGACCUUUAUGUACAAUGAUCACUCUAAAGAACCGCUGCCCACUGUGGACGCCUGAUGUGUCGGCGUGGUGUUCCUCUCCUCGUCCCUU